AAACAUUUUAGAGGUUAAGUAAAUUUAAGAGAAACUUCAGCUUGGUGUUCAGAGUGCAAAGGGUGACGGCUGGUGUCCCGACGUUAACAGAUCGGGUUCCUGGUUCCCACUAAAAAGCCCCCAGAGCGCCUCGGCGAGAGCGGCUGUCCUGCUUCUGCAAAAGGCGCCCAUGUGACCGCGGCUGGUCGGAGGAGGUGGUGGCUCGCUCUGCAUUGGCUGAUGGCGGCGCUCCGCUUUUCCGUUUAUUUUUAGCCAAUGGUUAGGCUCACAUUGCAGUGUGGCGAGUCGAGAAGCGUCCCUGACUUGUCCCAGCGCUCGGGAGACCGGAGAAACGCUAAGUGCAGUGCGGUGUUUGCGGCAAAAACGAGGGGGAGACGAGCAGCAUCCGCGGAAUUGGGCUGCGUGAUACAGCCGCGUCCGAGUCAGCCUUCGGGAGACUUUAAAGACGACAACUUCAUCCGCACGUCGCAGCGUUGCGCUUGUUUUGAUUUGCCAAAGCAGGAUAUAUAAAAAAAACUUAUAUAUUAAUUUUGAAUACAAAUUCAGAGCGCUCUAUAAUCUACAAAUUUUACAAAUGGCCAGUCCCGUUUCACAAACUGAGCGAGAUGCCCAACAGAAUCUGCAGCCCUCGGAAUCGUCUCCCGAAGCCGCGUUUCAGGAGGCGCAGAAAUGGAUCGAGGCAGCGACGGGCCGCCGGUUUGGGGACAAGGACUUCCGCAGUGGGCUGGAGAACGGAAUCCUGCUGUGCGAGCUGCUGAGCUCCAUCAAGCCGGGACUGGUGAAGAAGAUCAACCGGCUUCCGACCCCCAUUGCCGGACUGGACAACUUGACCCUCUUCCUGAGGGGAUGCGAGGAGCUCGGGCUGAAGGGGUCGCAACUGUUUGACCCCGGGGACCUGCAGGAUACCUCCAUACGUGCCAACCCCAAGGGUUCAGACUGCAAUCGAAAGCUGAAGAAUGUCUUGAUCACCAUAUAUUGGCUGGGGAAGGCCGCCAACAGCUGUACGACUUACAACGGGCCAACUCUGGACCUGAAGGAGUUCGAGGGGCUGUUGUCACAAAUGAGAAAGGAGGCCGAGGACAUGGAGAGCCCCAAGAGGAAUGUCCGGGACAGCGGCUACAUCGACUGCUGGGACUCGGAGCGCAGUGACUCGUUGUCACCCCCACGGCAUGGCCGUGAUGACUCCUUCGACAGCCUGGACUCCUUCGGCUCGCGCUCGCAGCAGACGCCCUCCCCUGACGUGGUGAUCCGUGGGAGCAGCGAUGGCCGCGGUAGCGACUCGGAAACCGACGCCCCCCACAGGAAGCUGCCGGACAUGCGUAAGGAUGACAUGCUGGCGCGGCGUACCUCCUAUAACGAGCCCCGCACCAUGAUGCCCUUCAACCAGUACCUGCCCAAUAAGAGCAACCAGAGUGCCUAUGUUCCCGCCUCCCUGCGCAAGAAAAGGGCGGAACGCGAGGAUAGCCGCAAGAGCUGGAGCACGGCCACCUCUCCCAUUGGAGGAGAGAGGCCCUUCAGCCACCCGGAGGCCAUACAGGAAGAGGGGUUACAGCCAGAGGAAGGAGAGGAUCGCACUAGGGCUCUUCUGAAGACCGUCACAGGGGGCGGGACGACCUGUUUGACCCCGCCUCUGUGGGAGGGCAAGGACGAGCAGGAGAUCAAAAAGCUGGAGCGGCUGGAGAAGGCCGGGAUCCGGGUGCUACCUGCCGCCAUUCGUUACAGCAGCUUGAAGCCCGCUGGCAAAGAGCCUCCCAGGGGCCCCACCCCUGACAUUAUCCUGCGGAAGGACAACGAGUUCUCGAGGAUGCAACAGGAGCACGAGUCGGACUCGGGCGAGGAAGAGGAGGCCGAGCGACGGGUGCCCGAUGUGGAGAAGGAUGACCUGGCCUCCAGGAGGGCGCAGAUGAGCCGCGGUACCCCUCGCAUGCAGCAGCAAUUCCUCCCGUCCUCCUGCAGCAGCCAGGACCGCGAGAGGUGGGAGCGCAUCCGGCGCAGCUCCCAGCAGGCGGCGCUAGAGAGGCAGCAGCAGCAGGUGCUCAGCGAGACUAAGGACUCCUCCCGGCUCGAGCCCAACGCCGUCGCCCCUAAAGAAAUUCCCCCAGUGCAGCCCCAGCUGCAGGAGGGGCAAGGAGUCAGCCCACAGGCCCUCCCUAAUGCGCUGAGGGACGAUCUGGCCCGCAGAAGAGCACACAGCGGGCCCCCACCCCAAAGGGAGAACCUGUCGGCCUUCAUGCAGGCCUCCAUCACCCAGUCCGACCUGGAGAAGUGGGAGCGCCUUAAGAUGACAGUAGAGACCAGCGAGACCGAGGCCCCCUCCCAGGAUUCGUCAUUUGGCAUGGUCGCCCGUAAGGGGAGCUCCUGGGUGCCGGAGGAGUGGGAGGAGCAGAGGAAGGAAGCCGAGCAUGGAGGCAGUUCUCAUGCGAUACCAAAUGUGCAGAAGGAUGAUCUGGCCCGUAGGAGAGCCCAGAGCAGCCUCCUCUCCCAAAGGGACGCCCCGCAGAGCUGCUUCCAGGCCUCAAUCACGCAGUCCGACCUGGAGAAGUGGGAUCGCCUUAAGAUGACAGUUGAGACCAGUGAGGCCCCCUCGGCACCCGUCUGCCAGGCCUGCCUAGAAAAGAGCUGGCAGCCCCCUGCCAUCCUGGCCGAUACGGCCGCGCGGGACGACCUGGCCAGCCGGCGCGCCCGCGCCCACCAGCGACCGGCCGCCAGCCGGCAGCGCUUCGUACACUUUGGCCCCGUCACCGAGAUCGACCAGAAGUGCUGGGAGAAGCUGAGCAUAGCACGGCCGGGGGAGGAGGAGCAGGAGGCGGAGUCGGGGGCGGGGCCGGGGAACGAGAGCCUGACACUGCGGCGCCUCCUGUCGGCCGCCGCUGUGGCCACACCCACCAUCGGCCUGGGCUCCCAGCUCACUGAGCGGGCUGCCAGCCCCAGCGGCCUGAUCGGUGGCGAAGCCGCACGCUUGCCAAUGCUGCCCGAGCUGGUGCAUAGAGAGAACGAUGCCCUGGACCAAAAGCUGGCUCAGUACAAAAGGCAAGAGGAAGAAGAGGAAGCGGAGGAGGUGAGGGGGGAGAGGUCGCCUGACCUGGAGAAAGAUGACAUGCUGGCUCGCAGGACCAAGGUCUUCCACAAGUCCACGAGCAGUCCUGCCUACAACAGGUUCCUCCCUUUGCCGGGGUCCAAGGUUCAAGCCCCGAGGGAGGGAGCCCUAAGUAGCCCCAAAGCUUUGGGAAAAACCGUCGAUGAUCCCGCCGGUCGGGGGGAGUCCCCAAAAGAGGAGGUGUUCCCCGACAGGCCGAGAGAUGGGAAGGAGCUCAGACCAGUGCUCCGUGUCCAAGAACCCCAGGGAAUGGUGGACGCCACGGCUCACUCUGACCAAGAUAUAGCAGUGCCCGUGUCUGCUAUCGUAAAGUCCAGCGAUGAGGAGGAGUGUGAAGAGGAAAGGCCGCUGCCCAAUUUGGAGAAAGAUGACAUGCAUGCACGCCGGACCGGAGCGUUUCAGAAGGCAGCUGGACCAGCCUUUAACAGCUUCCUCCCAGUCCCCGGGUCCGUCAGACACAAAUCCGCACCUGUCUCUGCGGCUGCUGGGUCCACUUCCAGCAAGCCGGUGGAACAAGGAAAGAUACCUCCUAGUGAAAGCCCGAGUAUCACAUACUCAGCGGAAAUGCAGCAAGGUCCUCCUGCCGUCAUCACCAUGCCCCUUAACCUGGCCGGGAAACCCGGGGGUGGCCCAGAAAAGUCCCUGCAACCCCCUCGGGGGAUAGAGGGAGAGGAGGCAGGAGAGGACAGGAAGUUGACAUCCCUUCCUGUUAAAGUUGGGAGAGAUGACAUGUGGAGCUGGCACAGCCAUGCCCCUCCUGCACGCACUUCUCCCAGCCCCCCCUGCUACCUGCCCGCACCAGGAUCCCAGCAGGAGGCGUCAGGGAGGGCCGAGGCAGAGGGGGAAGAACUGCCAUGGGGGCCUUCUGGUUUAGAUGACGAGAUGCCCCCAAUAUUCAGCCACAGAGCUGCUAGUGUGUCAGAUGACCCAGAGAGUGUCAGCAUGAUUGACAUGCGGUGUGAGGAAGAGGCGAUCCUGCAGCCCUACAGUCAGGCGCGUUGUGAGCUCUUGCAGAAUCAGUACAACAAGGUCCGGGAAGAGGAAGACCACUGGCAGGAUGACCUGGCUCGCUGGAAGAAUCGCAGGAGGAGUGCCUCACAGGACCUGAUCAAGAAGGAGGAGGAGAGGAAGAUGAUGGAGAAGCUAAUGACUGUGGACGGAGCCCAGGGUCACAGGAGGAAGAGCAUCAAGACCUACAAGGAGAUAGUGGAAGAGAAGGAACGGCGUGAGCAGGAGCUGCACGAGGCAUACCGGAGGGCGCGUACCCCCCAGGAAGCGGCGGCCGUGCUUCAGCACUACGCCCUACGCUUCACCAUCAGCGAGGCCGUACUGGAACGCCUGCAGCUGCCCAAACAAGCGGACCCUGGUGCCCCCCCAGCCGAGCCCUCGGGCCCCUUGCCGCUGCCACAACCGGCCACCCCACCCCUGGCCCCAGGCCCCAUGAAGUACCUCCGACAGCAGUCUGCCCCCAUGCCCAAGUUCACGUCUACGGUGGAGGCCACUGUUGUGGGGGUGACCCCGACACAGGCCACCGCAGCCGCCGCCCCGACACACCCCCCAACUCGCAUGGUCCUACCCAAGACUGUGCCACUUUUGGCCCCCAAACCCUACAUCACGCCCAGGAGUUCGCAAACAGGUCUCCGAUCUAUUAAGGCAGAUGGAAUGGUGCGCGUGAACGGGGAGACGGGGGAGGUGUCCGGCAGGCUGGAGAACAGCUGGGGCGGAGCCAAGGACAAUGGGGCGUCGCCAGUGAAGGAGGCAGCUUCCCUGCCUCUGUCCCCGCCCACCACCUUGAGCAGCCCCAAGAAGGAGCCAGAGGACGAGAUGGGCGGGAGGGACGUCGGUCGUGGUGCCGGUGAUGAGCCCCCGGCCGUGCAGGAAGCCGCCUGUGUCACAUGUCUGGGGGAGUCGGAAGAAGCCACGCCUCCAGCUCUCGCCGAGGUUGAAGCCACACCCAUCAGACCAUCCUCCCUCCCAACGGAUCUCCAGAGAGAGAGUGUGGUGUCGGAGAGCGCUGAAGCCGGCAAUGCAGACACGCAGGAGAGGGAAGAUGAGGCGAAACCUGCAGCUGUACAGCAGCCAGUCACAGGUGAUGGAGUGCAGGACGUGGCGUCAGCCGAGCAGGAGGCUGAGGAGAAGGGACCGCAUGUGAGGAUGGAACGGGGCUGUGUGGUGACAACCACCAUCCUGACGGAACUCACUCAGACACAGAUCCUGCCCAGUAACAUGCCAGAGAUGAAGAGGGCUGGGGACGAGGAGGCCCCCUCUCCAAGGAGAUCCGAGGCACCCCCACCCAACGCCCAGCCACCCUGUGAAGCACCUGUGUCAGAGUUGGCUUACAGUGCCGGUAACUCUAGGUUACGCUGGGAGUUCUUCACGUUGCCAGACGAUCAGGAGAAGGACCUCGUAAAUAUCCCCACCCCAGUGUUGAGUCUGCCCAAGCGGGUCGACCACUGGUCUUGGGACCCGGACGAGGAGCGCAGGCGUCAGGAACGAUGGCAGCAGGAACAGGAGCGCAUGCUUCAGGAGAAGUACCAGCGGGAGCAGGAAAAGCUGAAGCAGGAGUGGGAGAGAGCUCAGAAGGAGGUGGAGGAGGAGGAGAGGAAGUACCAUGAGGAGGAGAGGAAGAUCUUGGAGGAAACGGUGACCCCCCUGACCCCCACCCUGACCCCCACCCUGCCCUCCAUCUUCGGGGACUCAGCCGCACCCCCCAGCCCCCAGAACACCAUCGUCCGCUCGCUGGCCGACUGGGACCGCAAGCAGGAGCUGCUGGAGAAGCAAGCUAAUGAGCCACAACAGGACAACAACGUGGCCCAGGACACAGGAACCAGGAACGGGUCCAGUGCCAACCUCACCCUCCGCAGCCCGAUCCCACAAAGCACCACCCAGACAACAGCAGUCACACCGGGUCUGCAGAACGGCCAACAAGCCCCGCUGGACCCGAGCCAGUCCAGCGUGCCUCAGCUGCAGUUCAUCCAAGAUGCAUCGUGGGCCAGCAAGAGGCCUGAGGCUCAGCAGCAGGACGAGGUGUGGAAGAAGACAGCCUCCCUGGAUCGCAACUGGAGUUCGCAGCCGGCCCAGUCAGGGGGAAUGAAAAGGUCUGGAUCCUGUGAAAAUGUAGGGACACACCCAUCUAAGUCAUCCCCAUUCUCAUCUGCCACCCAGCCCCCGUCUCCCAACAGGUCGGUGAGCGGGAAGAAGCUGUGCUCCAGUUGUACCCACCCAUUAGGCAAAGGUGCUGCCAUGAUCAUUGAGACUCUUGGCCUCUACUUCCACAUCCAGUGCUUUAAGUGUGGGAUCUGUAAGGGGCAGCUAGGGGACACCAGCACAGGUACAGAUGUGAGGAUUCGAAACGGCCUCCUCAACUGCCACGAAUGCUACAUCAAAUCGCGUGCUGCUGGCCAGCCCACCACUUUGUGAUGAACCUUGACCCUCGUGAUGACCCUUGACCCUAGGAUAAGAAGGUGAAGGGAACCUGUAUGGACAAUCGCCAGUGGGACGUGAAUUAGGUGGGGUCCUUCCCCAACUUUGCAAACCCCAGAUUUUUUCCCCCUUACAGCUGACAGAGAAUUGAAUUUAGGCAGUUUUUUUUGUUUGUUUCACAACGAAAAUAUGAAAAUCCCUCAGUUAUUUAGUUGGUUUUAACAACUAUGGUGAGUUUCCAUGGUCUUUUCUACAACUGGUCGUGUGACAUGGCAUUUUUAGAAAUGUAUCAUUCAUUAUAACGUAUUUUUUUUAACAACAUAAAAUUCUCAGUUCUUGCCAGAUCUCUUGCACAACAUAGGAACCCAUACUGUAAACAUAUAUCCACAUUCAAAUAAGCAAGCAAAUGCACACAACGAUGUUUUUAAAGACGCUGAAGCAGUUUCUUGGUAGAGUUUCACGGUUGCUUUUUUUUCAGCGGACACUCUUUAUCGGAUAACUGUGUUUGAUGUUUGAUCAUAAUGGAGAAUGUUUAAGAAACGUGUAUAUGCACCGCAGCUGUUUGUUUCAUACUGUGUACUGCCGACUUGUGGCUGAAAUUCUUAUCCCUGAUGCGAUGCGCGAAUCUCGGUUCGUGCGCGGCAGUUAUAUUAGCCGAGAAUAGGGAACCAUUGUCUUCAGUUCAUUAGAUAUGACAAAAAACUGCAUUGAAUAAGAUGGCUGGAUAUAUGUGACUCUCGUUGGGUGUAUGUAGUUCGACGGAUUUUUAAAAUUCAUCACUAGAUGAGUAUGGAUCAGCAAGACAUUUUGUAAUGCCUUAAUCGUACACUAACAGACCGAUAUUAUUGUUAAUUUUCGGAGGUGUAGCAGUUUUUUUUAACGUGUCGACGGCGUUUAAGGUGGAGAGCUCCAGUCGAGCUAAUAAAUUGCGGUGGUUUGAGGAUAUAUGUUUAAUGUUUUCGAAAUACCAGAAUUAUGUAAUUUGAUUAUGUCUGUUGAAUUCGAUUCAAUAUUUAAUCUGCCUUAAAGAGUAUUAUUAAAGGCAGGUCGAACAGACGUUUGGUUUUGUGAGGAUACAAAUGUAUGCUUCCGAGGUAGUUUUUACGCGUCGGACUUAAUGAUUGAACCAACUUUUUCUUUGUUCCUUUUUUUCUGGUCUGAUUUCAGUGAAUAUUAAUUAGCCCGCUAACGUAGCAGUAAUUUAUUUAAAUAAACACAAUGCAUGAUCGCUCUUACGUUAAUAUUUCCCCAGUGGUAUGCCCCUAAAAUGUUUCGGUUUCGAUUUGAUAUACUGCGGAUUUAUUUUAGGUAACAUUACAUUAAACCUGUGCCUUAGGAAUGCAAUUGAUUGCACACAUCAUGUAAUGUUGGGUCUCGAAAUUGAAUCCAAAGAUGUCUUUGUAUCGGCAGAGGCUGCAUCCUGCUGACAUCGGUCUGGCGAAGUUGUGCACAAGCUAAAAUAAGCGCUUUCUGUAAUAUGUACCUUCCUUUUAUUUAUAACCGAAUGAGCUCUCAGGCAGGAAUGUCAUGUUCCUAGACACUUCCAACUCGAAUGGUUAUUUUUAGAAAUGGUGUAUUCACAUUAUACACUAUGCAUUAUACAGCAAAAAGCAAUCGCGCAUGCGGUGCUGUAAAAUGUAUUUUACAGUAUAUAGGCCUGAUACACGUGUGAGUUAGUCUUGUUUGAAGUUUGCUUCUUUUGGGAAAUGGCAUGAGGAAAGGAAACGUAAGUCUUCACGCGGAUUGUUUUAAUGAACCUGAAGCACAGUUGUACCAGCAGUGGACCCACUUUCAUAAACGACAUUUGCCAGACCAUUUCGCCAUUGAUCUGUCCGUUCGUAGCUGCCAGAGUGCCGUUAAUGUAUCGUUGCGGAUUUUCCUCAACCGAGUGUAUGUAUGCUUUUACAUUUCCAAUGUAUGCCUAACCGUUCCCCAGAACUUAUAAACCAGUGAAUAUCUUGCAGUUCCCUUUUCUUUUCUUUUUUUUAUACAGCUUUGCAGUCGAAACCCAGCUUAGUUUCUCCUGUUAUGCAGUAUUGUUUAAGUUCUGCUUAUGUAUUACGUUUACUUAAAAUAUGAAAGGUAUGAAGCGAAAGGGGGAUGGGGCAGUAAUAAGGCAAUAAUCUUGUGUAAUAAUUUCUUGGAGGAACACUUGUUGAAAAUAAGAAUGAUACUUGUUUAAGUUCUGUAUUUAUUGUGAUAUUGCUCUGAAAAUAAACAAUCGAUUUAAUAGAUAAGAGAUGUUCAAAUGCAAUGGCUUUUAUAGCAAAUGUUAUGUUUAUGUUUAUAAAUAAAAUGUUUAAAAAGCA